AUGAUAAAAGAGGCAAAGAAGAAAAAGAACGAUUUCAUCUGCGUGUCUUUGAGCGGGCCGCCGAUACCUCAGAUUGAAACUGGGCAGUCCGAUGCUUUGAUUUGUAAUACAUCAGGACUACACUCACCCGGACGAUCAAACUACACUAUUACAUGCUUUGAUUUGUGGUGGGUCAAUCCUUAUGAAAGAGCUGGUCCAUCUACUUUCAUGGAAAUGAUUAGAAUGGUUCGAGCUGAUGGCCUCCUCUGUUUCAACACUGUGGUCUAUGAAUUAAGAGACUAUCAAGAGGAGAUAACAGAACUUGAAAAAGCUGGGAAGUGGAUCUGCUUGUCCAAAGAGACUUUACCUUUCAUUGCAACCAAGGGCUUGCCCGAAGAACGCGUGUGGUUCGUUUACAAAGUUUUGAAAAAUUGAGACACAUGCGCCAUGGCCGUUGAGCCUUUCACACCUAAGAUCUUAUUGAAAUUAAUUCUUCCCACUAACUUCGAACAAUAGCGUA